AUGAUUGAUGAAGUAGCCCAUGAGUUGGAUAGAUUGAGCCAACCCAUUGAAGAAGAAAUAAUGUUCAGCGUUGAAGAUGAGGACGAUGACUAUGAGGGUGAAUAUGAUGCGGAAGAAAUACAAGAACUGCAAGAAGCAGAAGACGAACCGCAAGUAUAUCCUGACGAAGAAGCUGAUGUUUGUGCAGGAGUGAGGUUUGAAGAAGUCCCCGUGUUGAAUACAACAGAUGAUUCAAAUAAAGACAAAAAAAGGAGAACACAAAGUGGACGAUCAUUUUAUUCAAAAGGAGUCAAGUAUUGA